AUGUUAGAUCCGAGCGCGGUUCUCGCAUACGCACUAUCGACACUCAAGGUCAAACACGUAGUCGUACUGGGGCAUUACGGAUGCGGAGGCGUAGCCGCCUCUAUGCUCCCGUUCCAGUCUCCACUACAACCACCAACUGUAGACGCGGAGAAGCAAGGACUGCAGUUCAGUCCUGCGAAUUUGGCGGUCCAGAGCUGGAUACAUAAUAUUCGGGAUUUGUAUGAGACAUCUGAGCGGCCGGAGAUUGUACGUCAUCGGAAAGAACAGCCGCGCAUGGAGGAGUUGCCUCAUUUACAUUUUCCUGCGUUCCGCGCUCUGGUGGAAGAGAAUGUCAAGGCAAACCUGAAGAGGAUCAGUGAUUCAGCGUUGAUUCGACAUCACUACGCACAUGAUCAAGGCACAGUGUACAUCCAUGGCUGGGUGUACGACGUGGAGAGCGGAGAGGUGUCUAAUUUGGGCGUCUCCGCUGGUCCGCCUGGGAAGGAGGUUCCGCCCACGCUGUUUCCUUUGGUUGGUUCAUCGGCCUUUGGAAAAUAG